AUGGAUGAGCUCGUGUCGGCGGCGCUGGAGGAGGUGUGCGCGCGCCUCGCGCCGGGGAUCCCCGUCGUGGACCUAUGGCCGGCGCUCCGCGGCGCGCUCGAUGCCACGGGCCUCCCGCUAGGUCCAUCAGUCAAGCGCGCCCUGUGGGCUCGCAUCCUUGCGCUCCGCGUCGUCAGCCUCGUGGAGGGGGGCGGGGACGGGGUGCCCGUCUCUGCCGGCGACCCCGCGGAGAAGGACUUCGAGGAGGCCGAGCGGCGGGGCAUGCGGCUCGUGGCGAGCGCGGGGAUCAGGGACAACUUCCUGGGGUUAUACGAGCGCAGAUUCGCGAAAUCAGAGUUCAGUGCCGUCCACAAGGCGACAUUGGAAUGUGUUGCGGCAAGCAGGACUUCUGGGGUAGCGCAGAGUGAACUUUUCAAAAAAUUUAAAAUGAAAGGAAAUAAUUUCUAUUUUAUUGCAAAGAGUCUUGAAUCACAGCGGCUAAUAGUUAGACAAUCAACUAUAAUAAAGGUGAAAGACCACGGAGCUGAGAGGGAAGAUGCCUCACAGAAUAAACAUGUUAUCAAUACCAAUUCACUAUAUCUCUCCCGAUAUGCCAAGGACUUGAACAUGACUUCACAGCAAAGAAUUGAGAUUACAAAGCCUGAACUACUUGGGAGCAAUGAAGAGACCAAUGUAGAUGCUUUCCAAGAAGAUGGAACUUUUGAUGUUAACUCCAAGAAUGAUAUAUCUAUUCAUGAUUAUCUUCCAGCAAUGAAAGCCAUAUGUGAUAAACUUGAAGAAGCAAGCGGAAAGGCUCUUGUUGUGUCAGAUAUAAAAGUCGAUCUCGACUACAGGAUGGCAUAUGGGCACAGAGCAUGGAGAAACGUAUUGCAUAGGCUAAGAGAUGCACAACUUGUUGAGACAUUUGAUGCCGAAGUUGAUGAUAAGGUUGUCCGCUGUUUGCGUCUGCUGAAAAAAUUUGAUCCAAAUGAGUUUCAGCCAAAAAGUAUAGCCUCAAAUUUUAAAUUUGUCAAAAAAGGUCAGGCAACUGAUCAAAUUUUGGAACUUCCAUUAGAGAACUGUAUAUAUGAUAUGAUCAGUGCCCAAGGGACAAAAGGUAUUACACUUGUUGAGAUUGGCAAACGUCUUGGACUCAACAAUUCGAAAAAACUUCAUAAACGAGUAUCAUCCAUGCUAAAAAAAAUCGACCUAACAUGGGAAGCAGAAGUUCCAGACAAGACAUCACAGUACCGAAUUUGGACUUCAAAAAACUUCUCACUCUACAAAGCUGGUACUGCUCUGCAAACUUUUGAGGCACUAUCAGAAGACUCUGAUGAUUGUUCGGAUUUGUGGUCCCUAGUUCCAUCUAAAGGUUUGGAUACUUUGGAAUCAUCUAGUUCACAUGGAAAACUACUCUUGCUUGAAGAAGAGAACCAUGACGAACCAGUUGGACAUCAUAUCCAGAACAACCUUGAUGCUUCUGCUGUAGUUUCUCAGUUAGUUGAAGAAGAUAAAGUUGCUUUGGGUCAGAGGAGGAGGUGUCGGUGCCGUCCAUUAACUUCUGAUGAUCAACGCCAUAGAAGGAUUCUACACAUGUUAAAGAAGAAGAAAUUUGUACUGAAGGUGGAGUUACAUAAAUGGUUAGAACGUCUUGAAAAAAAGGACGGAAAAAUAAUGGAUAGGAAGACAUUGACUCGCACGUUGAAUAAGCUUCAGCAAGAGGGAAGCUGUAAAUGUAUCAAAGUCAGUGUUCCCUUGGUCACAAACUAUACUCGCAGUCAUCUCAUUGAUGUAAUACUGCAUUCUUCUGUUGGAGACUUGUCACCAGAACUUGUGGAUCAAUUUAGGAUCAGACAAAGGAACUUUGACACUCAAUCUCGGGCAGGUGCAGCAGCUAAAGUGAAGCAAAAUCAACAUAUGACUGCCAUACCUGGUCUGAGGAUUUCACGCAGAGUUAAAGUUUACAAACCAUUAAUAUUAGAAGCUAUGUAUGCAAAUGGAUUCAUAGAAGGGCAUUAUGAUAAGAGCCUUAAUCAAUCAUGCCUGUUAUUUUCUAUGGAAGAAGCUAUGAAAGAAAUGCCCCUUGAACUCUUUCUACAAGUUGUUGGGCUUGGAAAAACACUUUCAGAAAUACCUACCAAGGAAUACAAUCAGCUCAUGGAUACUCAUGCCUAUGGUCGACUCUCACGUUUAGUAAAUAUUUUGGACAAGCUCAAGCUGGUUCAGUUUGCAAAAGAAUUCUUAGAAGAUGCUGGUGUACCGUCAAAUGCCAUGUCUACACAUUCGAUGGAGCUCAGGCCUUACAUUGAAGAACCUAUACCUAAAAUUCUUCCAUCUUCCCAACUGAACAAUCAUCGGAAAAUUCGGCAUGAUUUUGUACUUUCAAAGCACGAGAUUGUUGAUUCAUAUUGGGAAACACUAGAGUGCUGUUAUUUAACAGCUGGCUUGGCUGACCCGUUGAGUGCCUUCCCUGGCAGUUCUGUCCCUGAGGUUUCGCAUCCUCGUUCAUGGAGUACACUAGUCAUGACUACUGAGCAACGACUGGAAUUGCAACAGCGUAUUAUGAAUGUCAGUGAGAAGGGGAAAAUUCCGUUUAAAGACUGUGUUAGAAUAGCAAGAGAAUUGAAUCUCUCUGUAGAGCAGGAAAGGAGAUUGAAAAGGAGAAGUUUGGUUCCCCAGAUUUCAGAAAGUAGUCACGAAAACAGUUUGGAUUCAGAUUGUGAGCAAUUCAAUUGGGAUGACUUUGAAGUUCCGGAGAUAAAGAGUGCACUUAAUGAAGUCCUUGAAUUAAUUCAAACAGAAAAAGUAGAUCAGACCAAGAGAAUUGGGCCUGUGAAUCAAAAGAAUAUUAAUAAUGAUAAUGAUGUCACAAAGGACACAAUAUGUUCACAGGAACUGCUGAAAGCGGAUUCUGCGAUCCUGAAAAAUCAUGCGGACAUUCAAAUGGAGAAAGUGAAAACAUGGAUGUCUGCUGCAAACCUCAAGAAAAGAUCAUUAAGGAUCACAGAAAUAGGAUUAUUGAAAGAGGUUACUGGGAGUGGUGGGAAGCCGUACACCCUUUCUUCACAAUUCUUAACCAAUGCUUGUUGUUCACCUUUUCCAUUUGGUUCAGGAAAAAAGGCUUCUGCAUUUUCUAAUUGGCUUAUAGCUCAGCAAAAGAAUACUACAGACAGUGGAGUUUAUUUGUAUCCAGACAUACAGUGUGGAGAACUUGUUCAUCUAUUCUCUCUGGUUUUGUCAGGAAACCUUCUCAUUUCACCUUUCUUGCCUAGUGAAGGAGUUGGUGAGGCUGAUGAGCCUAACAGCUCUGGUCCUUUGGUCGUAGAUACUAGUGGUUUAGGUGACAACAGUCAGAAGCGCAAGGCUGAUACGGUGAAACUGAAAAGUGGCAAGGCUAAGAAACAGAAGCCUUUGCCAAAGAUAGAAAGUGACUUUUGCUACCGCCGGGAGAAAGGAUUCCCUGCUAUCCAAAUAGGUCUAAAUCUUCAUAGAAUUCAAACAAGCAAUUUCCCGCAAGAGUUACAUUGGAAUGCAUUUUGUAUUAUUCAUAAAGCUGGUGGGCAAGGAGUUACUUUGAGAGAACUGUCGCAGGCACUGCAUCCAUUAGCCAUGCAGAUGGUCUUAAUAAUUGUUGACACUCUCAAGAGAUUUCAGCUGGCUGUUAAGGUCAAUGCAUAUGAUGGCGUUCAGAUUGUGGACUCGUUACAUUCGGCAAAGUAUCAUGUAACUACACUUGCAGAAUGUGAUAAUUGCUGCUGUACAGAUCCUCCAACUUCUCAAGUUGUUGAUAAUGAAAACACAAAAAAUCUACUGAGAGAGAAGCAUACCAGGCCUAUUAAUUUUGAUGGUCCUAUAAAAAUGCUUGGUGAUGGGCACACAGUGACAGUAAUUAAUGUUCAAAGCAAGUUGAGCUCACCUCAUAUUUACAGCAAAGAUCCUGGGGAUGAGGAAAGGUUAUCUACUCCAGGAGAGAACAAUAAGGAGAGUAGUUGCUAUCAUAAUUGUGAAAGGCAUUGUUAUCAGCCUAUAUUACCAUGGAUAAAUGGCGAUGGUAGCACUAAUAGCACUCUCUAUGAAGGUUUAAGUCGCCGAGUUAUUGGUUAUGUCAUGCACUAUCCUGGACUAAUGGAGGAAGAUGUUAUCCGUCGGAUGGAUGUAUUGAAUCCUCAGACUUGCAGGACCCUGCUAGAAAAGCUAACGCUCGAUGAGAACCUUCAUGUUCGGGUGUAUGAAGAACCUGUGCCAAUGGCUCCGACCAUACUGCAGGGUCUGUUACUCUAG